AUGCCGAGUCCAGAAACUACCUCUCCAAUCGAAGCAACAAAACUAUCUCUUAAGUCUUCACCAAGUGCUAUCAAUACCAUAUUUUUACCUCCUGUUGAUCUAAUUGGCCUGUCUGAUGAUACUGAGAUCGGUACUCGGAUUACUGCGAUUGUGAAUCGGUCUCUUCCUGCUUUUUCUCACUCGUUCCGAACGAUUACUUCGACUCACACAGUCGUCUCUCUUGUUGUUGAUCUUUUCUCUACAGGUGCUAUCGAUAUUGCUGAUGAAUUUAAUAUGAAUGCUUAUAUUAUUAUUUCAUCAACUGCGAUGCUUUUGUCUUCGAUUUACCAUGCACCAAAACUAGACCAGGCUUACUCUUGUGAGUACAGAGAUAUCCCUGGCCUGAUUCAGAUUCCAGGUUGUGUACCGAUCCGCGGGGUUGAUCUUAUGAACCCAUUUGAAGAUAGGAAGACAGAGGCUUAUGCAAGUUUUUUACAAUAUUGGAAAAAGUUAAAUUUGGGUAAGGGCAUCUUCAUUAAUAGCUUUGAGGAAAUUGAACAUGAUGCUAUUAAGGCUUUGAAUCGGAAACAAUGGGAUAAUCCGCCGGUUUAUGCAGUUGGACCGCUUACUAGAACGGGUGUCUGGGAUGGCGGAUCUGAUGAUUCAGGUUGUCUGAAGUGGUUAGAUAAUCAACCACCCGGUUCUGUCCUUCCUGCUCCUAGUGACAAAGCUGCAAGUACAUCUUACUUGAGUGCUCAAAGCGUUGAGGAUCCUUCUGCAGUCUUACCAGAAGGGUUCUUGGAUAGAACCCGAAAUUCGGGUUUGAGCAACCAACCGAUGAACGCAGUGUUGCUUACAGAAAACAUGAACGUAGCUCUAAGGCCGAAACCCAUGGAAAAUGGGAUGAUGGGACGUGAUGAGAUUUGUAAGGUUGUGAAGGAACUUAUGGAAGGUGAAGAAGGAAAGAAACUUAAGAGUAAGAUGGGUGACCUCAAAUGUGUUGCGACUAGCACAUUGGCGGAACGUGGCUCCUCGUUCAAAACAUUUGCCAAGGUCGCUGACAUUCUUGAACUAAACCUUUAUAUCCGCAAUGAGGUGCAGCAAGCAUUUCUGUUACAAGCUUUAACCAUUGAUUGA